UCAGUGUAAAAAUUAGAUUGCACAAUUGAUUAGAAGGUAAAAAACCUCAGAUUUAUGGAGAUUAUUAACCCAAAAAUGCAGAAUAUUACAUAACAAGAUUUAUUUAUGUGUAGUGAAGCAUAAAAGGCCAAAAUAUAUAGUCUAAUAACUUAUAAUCUAUAAUCUAGGAGGAAAAUAUACAUUCAAAACUAUUUUUGGACAGCCGAAUCAGUCGUUCUGUACACAUCAAUUUAAGUAAAAAAGAAAAUUGUCUGUCUAAAUUCAGGUGUGAUCAGUUUUCUCAUUUCAACCUAACUAUUUGAUUAGACAAAUUAGAAUAAAACUUAAAUUUCUAAUGAAGUUUUAAUGCCCAUGAAAAUCCAAUAAUGUACUAUUAGAAUGAGCUAAUUCGGUUCUGAUUUCUUCUCUGCUCUAUAAUUUUCUUUCAGUCAACUGUUUUUCUCACUAAUCAGAUAAACUAUGGAAGACCGACCUGAAAACGUUAAUGCAUGAAUCUGUAUGCUAAUAGUAAAUUGGAUGGUCAUUGGUUUCUCGGUUUCAUAGAGGAAUUUGAUAAAGUACUAGAUUUUAUACUCGCGCUUAGAUUUCAUAGUGGUUUGAUGUCUUUGGUAUCAUUUAGCAUCUGUUCCUUCCGUUGAUCCUAAUGAUUUAUGAAACUUGUCGAGACAAUAAACAAUAACAAGGAGAAAGGAAAAAAACUUAUGAGAUGAUUCUUCAGAUUUAUAUAAGAAUGAUUAGCAUCUCCAUGGUUCCCAAGUAUCUCAUUGUACGAGGAGUUAAUCCACAGAUUGGUUGGGUAAUGUUUCCUGGCUUAAGUCUUAUAAAGUUUUUAAUUAAUUAAUGUAUCAUUAAAAAUCUAGAGAAGUAGUCCAAUUAAAGUUGCCUUCCAUAAAAGUAAUGUAACUCUUGGAUUACAACUGCUCUUAACCUUUUUUUAUUUUUGUUUCCUUCCUUUUUCUGUCAUCCAUUAAUCUCUAAUUAAAAUUUAUAUUUAUCUGGGAGAUGCAUAGAUACGAUCUGGUGUAUAUCGCUUGUUUAAACAUAUGUAAAUAAUAAAUAUUCAAAGCAAUAAAACAGUAAACAUAAUAAAAACAUGGAAAUCUAAAUUAAAAAUACUCGUAGAUCGAUACACAACAGGUUCUUCGAGUUUCUUUCUCCCCCUUCAUCUUCCCUUUUUUUGUUCUUAUGUUUGAUUUUGAUUUCUAAUGAUUGUCGAACUCUGCUUUGAUUGAUUUUUCUACCGAAGUUAACCAAUCUUUUUGAAACUCUGUUACAAUCGUUCGAUUUUGUUUGUGGGUUGUAAUGCUUAGCCGCUUUGAUUCCUUGUGUUUAGCCCUAAACCCUAAACUGUACUUGCUUCGUAAACCUAUUAGACUAUUAUCUUAGUCCCCAAGUUUCAACACGCCAACAUACAAGUCAAACAAAGAUUGACUUCGCUUUCUUUCUUUUUUCUUAUAUUUUUUUCUGUUUGUCUUGGACUAAAUAAUACACAAGUUUUGUCUUCUUGUCAGAGAGUACGUACUUAACAUGGAUUCGAAAGAAAAAGAAGACCAUGUCAAAAGUCUGAUCACGAGUAGAGAGAUGCUCUUGAAGCUUCAGCAGAACAUUGAGACAGCCACAACUGGACCAUCCGCUUCCACUUCAGCUGAUCUUCAAAACCUCUCUAAUGAGAUACAAAAACAUCUCAUGAAGACUGCCGCCACUGCCCAGGAUCCGAAUAAGCCUGAUCCGAGUAAAGCCACCUCGCAUAUAAAAGAUGAGCUUGACAAGGUGUUUACAGUUGAGGAAGUUGGACACAAGUGCGACUUAUGCGGGAGAGAUCUAGCCUCGGAUCCAGAACGGCCUAAUGUUUCUUUGCGCAGCUUACAAGAGGUGUGUGUGCUGGAUUGUGGUCAUGUCUACCACUUCAAGUGUUUAAAAGGCACCACUCUUGAUCUUGAUAACCGUUCUACUAACCCUUCUUGCAUUUUCUGCGUCAGCUAGUCCAACUGAAUCAACCAUCAAUAUGGUGCAACUUUAAGAUUUAAUAUUUUUGUUCUUAUAUUGUAAGAACGUGUUCUCAACAAUGACAAUGGUUUUACAUACAAACUGAUUAUAUUCUCAGUAAUCAGUUUCUUUUUACAUCCCUUCA